AGGAAGCAGUCCGACAGAAACGAAACUGCCUCAAAGUUUGACAGGACGAGUUUUCGUUUUGAAGCUCGCCUUAACACUGUCCGGCGGGCGAAAAACAUCCGGUGAUACAGGACAGCCGAGGGGCGGAAGAAAAGAAGACAUGCAGAGCAGUGCUUACGGGGCCUCUCUGGCCGGCGGGGCUUUCGACUUGGCGAGUUUCGUCCGACAGCCGCAGACCAUUCUGCGCUGCCUGAGCUGGAUAUUUUCCAUUGUGGUCUUUGCGACGAUCACAGCAGAGGGCUACAUCAACUCAGCCAGCGCGCAAGAUGUCAAGUGCAUGUUCAACGGCAACGACAGCGCCUGCAGCUACGGUGUGGGGAUCGGAGUCCUUGCCUUCCUGGCUUGCGUUGCCUUCGUCGUGCUGGACGCCUACUUCCCGCAGAUCAGCAAUGCCAAGGAGAGAAAAUACAUUGUUAUCGGAGAUUUAGUCUUCUCAGUGGCUUGGACAUUGCUGUGGUUCAUCUGCUUCUGUGUCCUGGCCAACCAGUGGUCCCACACGACUGAUAAAUCUGCUCUCCCUGGUGAUGCCGCCCAGGCUGUCGUGGCCUUCUCCUUCUUCUCGGUCAUCUCCUGGGCUCUCUUGUCCUACUUUGCGUAUGCGAGGUAUCGCCAGGGCGUGAAUGACUUCGACCAGGACUACAGAGACCCGGCCAGCGACCACACCACUCCGUACCCGCCUGCGCCAUACGCCAGCGGUCCCACGGGCUACCAGCAGUCGCCUUUCGCCCAAAAUCAGGAGCAACCUGGGGACUACCAACCUCCUGCUUAUUGAAGGACUGAGGUCAAACACAUGAAUCCCACCAGGGGAGUUUUCUUUUAAACUAAAGACGUGUGCCAAUGUUUUCAGACACAACUUGGACUGUUCUCUGCACUCCAAUUUUUUUGCAUAUUUUUUGGGUGCACUGCUGCAUUUUAAUGUUGUUUUUCAGCGUUGUAAGUUGUCACAAGAGAGAGGACGACUGUGCCAUUGCUGUUAUCUUUGUACCAAAACACAUGUAGUAAUUCCAGUGCCCCUUUUUGUUUCAGUUUUGACAGCUGCUAAUAUCAAAGCAAUAAUUGACAGGUUAGGGUUAUUGUUAUCAUCUGGAAAUCUGCUUUUGCAUUGUUUAGAUGCAUUUUUUUUGUAUGAAUAUGUUACUGUUUUGUGCUUAUAUUUUCAUUACUGUCAAAUUCAUAUACAGCAGUUUAACAAGGUAAUUCAGCCAAAUAGUUCCUUUGAAAUGAUUCAUGUUGUUCUUUUAUGUCAACAAAACAAUGCCAUGUUAUUUAAUCAAUGGGCGCAUUGAAUAUUUUCCCUUUAACUACUGCAAUGCCAUGUUUUUGUUUCUUUUUUUAAUCAUCUACCACUGAAAAAAAUGUCUUUAAUGCACUGAGACCGGGAGCAGUUAAUUUCUAAACUGAUUUAAGAUUUUUGAUUGUAUUGGUUUAAAUCCAAUCCUGGGUGUUUUCUUAAUUUGAGGUAGCCAAACCACUCACGUCAGCUACCUCCUGUAGAAGUUAGCGUGUGCCUUACUGAGUUCAGUCAUAGUUUAAAAAAAAAAUCUUAUUCAGCAAUUGUUUGAUUUCAGGAAUUCAUUGAUAUAAUUGAUAUAUUUAUUAUGUUAUACAAUCCUUUCAGUCCUGGUGCAUGACAAUCAGAUCUUAAAUUAUUCUCUACAUUUCCUUUUUUCCCUCUUGCUUUUUUCAUUUUGUUUCGUAAUUGUGCUUUUUUUUCAUGCGUUGCAGUUUUACUGUCGCACUCAAAGGGGCUUUACACUUUUUUCCCAGUUCAAGUGCCUUAUACAGUGUUGUGUCAAAUAAAAUAAAAAAACUGAUGUGGUUCUGAA